AUGUGGAUCAAAACCAAUGAAAUCUACGGUGAUCUGUUUUGUCCACAAAUCGAUGGUGCUGCCAUUCUACAGAACGAGCAUCCGUCCGCUCCUUUUCGAUCGUUUCUUCGUACAUUUACACCCAGAGAGUUUGUUUUCAUGAUAGCCAUCCCGCUGAGCGUCAUUUUUUUUGUCAUUUCAGAAGAGAUGCACUCGCGCAAGACCACGAGAGUUGACACAGCCUCAAUUGCCAGCAGUGUUGAAUUUCAUGACGCUAUUAUCGAUGAGAACUUUGUGGACGGAUAUCGCAAAGCAAGAAGAGAAAAGGAGAUUUUCGAGUCUCAAAAAGGCGGUUUGAUUGAACGAUGGAUACGACACUUUACUGACAGAGCUCUUUUAAAACGCCUUGAGGCUUAUGAGGAUUCGGAGCUCAAAACAUUUAUCGCGCAGAAACUAUUCAAAGUAGACGGUAUACUUUGUGACGAACAGACGCGCCUGGAGCUGAUACAG